CGAGUAAGAAAAGUAAGUAUGCUGUUUCUCCAGCUCCUAGCCUCUUUCUUUUUCCUUCUCCUUCUUCCCUUCCUUUCCAUCAUCUUCCUUAAAAGAGCUUCAGCACGCAAAAAGCAGUCAUCUCCACCACCCUCCACCGCCAUCAGCCCCCCAAGAUCCUACCCAAUAAUUGGUUCGUUUCUGGCCGUGGUUGCUAAUUGCCACCGCCGUCUCCAAUGGCUUACAGACAUCCUCCAAGUCACCCCCUCCGCCACCUACGUCCUCCACCGCAGCAUCGGCAUACGCCAGGUCUUAAUCGCCAACCCGGCCGUCGUCCAGCACAUCCUCAAGACCAACUUCCACAACUACGGCAAGGGAGAUUUCAACGGAACCCUCAAAGACUUCCUCGGCCACGGUAUCUUCAACGUCAACGGCGAAUCCUGGAAAUUUCAAAGACAAGUUGCCAGCCACGAAUUCAACACCAAAUCCAUGCGCAAAUUCGUCGAGACCGUCGUGGACACCGAGCUCUCCGACCGCCUAAUCCCUAUCCUCACCUCAGCCGCCACCACCGGAACAGUCCUAGACUUCCAGGACAUUCUUCAAAGAUUUGCCUUCGAUAAUGUAUGCAAAAUCGCUUUCGGAUUCGACCCGGCAUACCUCUUGCCCUCUCUUCCACAAACCAAGUUCGCUCAAGCCUUUGAAGAUAGUGUCACGAUCAGCAGCGACAGGCUCAGAUCAUUCAUCCAUUUCUUUUGGAAAAUCAAGAAGCUUUUGAAUAUUGGGUCCGAGAAGCGCCUGAGAAUCGCAAUUUCAGAAGUUCAAGAAUUUGCAAAGAACAUAAUAAGGGAAAAGAAGAACGAGCUCAGAGAGAAGUCCUCGCUCGAUUCCGUCGACCUCUUGUCAAGGUUCUUGAGCUCCGGCCACUCGGAUGAGAACUUCGUGACCGACAUAGUGAUAAGCUUCAUACUUGCUGGGCGCGACACAACCUCCGCGGCACUCACAUGGUAUCUUUGGCUACUUUCUAAGAACCCGCGUGUCGAAUCCGAGGUUCUCAAGGAAAUCAGUGAGAAAUCUGAGGCGACCGCCUUUGACGAAGUGAAAGACAUGGUGUACACUCACGCUUCUCUGUGUGAAAGCAUGCGGUUGUACCCGCCUGUCGCGACGGACACGAAGGAGGCUGUGAACGACGACAUUUUGCCGGACGGGACGGUGGUGAGAAAGGGGAUGUUAGUGACGUACAUACCGUACGCAAUGGGGAGAAUGGAGACGCUGUGGGGGUCUGACUGGGCGGAUUUUAAGCCGGAGCGGUGGCUGGAGAAGGAUGAGGCGGAGAAUAAGCACUGGAAGUUCGUUGGGAGGGACGCGUACACGUACCCGGUGUUCCAGGCGGGGCCGAGGAUUUGCUUGGGGAAGGAGAUGGCUUUCUUGCAGAUGAAGAGGGUGGUCGCGGGGGUUCUCAAGCGGUUCAAGGUGGUACCGGCGCUUGAGGAAGGUGUGGAGCCGGAGUUUGUUCAGCAAUUGACUUCCAAAAUGAAAGGUGGGUUGCCGGUUAGGAUUGUGGAGAGGGAAGAGAAAGAAUGAUUGAAUGGAUUCCUAAGACUUUCUGCAGCUUAACUGUGGAGCUUUACUCAGCAGAAUUUCUAGCUGUAUAGAUUUUUGGCUUUUUAAAAGUUUUUCCUAUGCGGGUAGGCUUAAGUUGUUAUCUUCUGUUCUUUACAAUCAUUUUCAUUCUUCCUAAAAAGAUCAUUAGAGCUAUUGAACAAAAGUUUAAUAGGUUUUUAUGGAAUGGGAAAGAAGAAUGUGUAGCUAAAGCAAAGGCUUCCUAGCCUGAUCUUUGUUUUCCUAAGAAGGAAUGAGGUUUGGGAUUAAAGAAGCUUGAAAUUUGGAAUCAAACUUCUAUGCUUGGGCAUAUUUGGAGUAUUUUUGCUAGGUCUGGUUUUAUUUGGGUUGCCUGGGUUAGAGAAAAUCUAUUAAAAAGAAUGGAGUUUUUUGAGUGUAGGUAUUUCUCAUAAUUGUUCUUGGAGUUGGAGGAAAAUUUUGAAGCUGAGAUAUAUUGCUAAAAGGUUCUUGAAGUUCGAAGUUGGGAAUGGGAUAACAUUCAUAUGUGGCGGAUUUGUGGCAUCCUACAGGAGUUUUGAUUAAGCAAUAUGGCUUUAGGGUUGUUUAUGAUACUCAAAGUAAUAUUGAAGCUAAGCUGUCUUCUGUCAUUUGUAAUGGAGAUUGGUUUUGGAGAUCAGCAGGAUCAGAAGCUCUAGUUGAUAUUCAAGCUAGGCUUUCAGAAGUUUGUUUAGGCUAAUGUGAUAAGCCAGUUUGGACUAUUUCUAAAAAAAGUGUCUAUGUUAGUAUAGAGACUUGGGAAGCCCUUAGAAAGAAGAAUGCAGAGGUUAUUUGGUGGAAGAUAGUUUGGUUUCUUCUUGUUAUUCCUAAACAGGCUUUUAUUUUGUGACUUGCUAUGAAAGAUAGGCUACUUACAGGUGAGAGAUUACUCAAAUGGGGUUAUAAGGGUGAGGUUCAGUGUUGUUUCUGCCAUUCUCAACUGGAAACUCGUGAUCAUAUUUUCUUUGAAUGCAGCUUUAGUUUGAGAAUUUGGAAAUAUUGCAUGAUUCGUUGCAGAAUUGAUAUGCCUCAUGUGAUUUGGGAUGAACUUGUGUAGCUUGGCUGUAAUAAGUGGGGAAAGAACUCUCUUAAGUGCUUGAUAUGUCAGUUGGUUCUUGGUUCUGUAGUUUAUAACCUCUGGUGUACUAGAAAUGAACUUAGACAUGAUGGUGUUUCAAAAACUGAAGAGCAGCUACUUAAGUAGAUUUUCUAGGAAGUCAGGGCUAGAAUUGCUGUAAAAAGAGGUUUUCCUAGAACUGGGAGAACCUUUUGUUGUGUUCUUUGUGAAACUUGCCUUCUGCCAUCCUCUGUAAUGUUGGCUUGUAAUUUUUUUUGUUUUAAUCUGUAAGGGUUGUAAGGGGUUGUUCUGGUGUUGAAUAGUUGCUUGUUUGUAGGUUUUGUUUUCCCUUAUUUUUGCUUUGUAAGGGGUUGUAUUUGUG